UUGGUACAUAAUACAGUCUAGAAAGGAAAACAGAACAAAUGUAAGAAAGAAGACUAAUACAAGACAGAAGAUUCUCGUUUAUCCAUCGUCUCACAGAACUUCAUACAAUCUUUACACAGAUCCAUCCAACUAAUACUUACUUGCAAAUACAUCACAUUUCGGUGCUGAUGCGAGGAGCGCGUUAAUAUAUUAUAGAGCGCGGACAAGUGGUGAUUUGCCAUGGGACAUAGUGCGUGUUUUAUGUACUGCCGGCUGUACAUAGCCACAUAAGUUAUUGCUCAUAUUGCGCAUUAAAUGUUAUUAACAAAAAAACAAGAUAAAAUACAGCGCGGGAAUGCUGCCUGCGUGAUGGGCACCUUGCCGAGGGGCCUAGGCUUAGAAGGCAGGUUUUAGGGAUUUUUUAUAGGUUUAGUUUUAUCUAGUUGUCUUAUUUUAUAAGUAUCCAAUAAUAUAUUUUUGUAUAUAAUUCUACUUUAUUUAUUACACUUCACUUUAUUUCACAUGAUAAAUAAGUAAUUCAUAAAUAUAUUGUAAUGAAAAUAGAAAUCUACUUAAUAUCUAAUCUACAUAGUAGUUAUAGUUACGCUAACCUAGAAAGAAUAAAAAUACUCAUAGCUUGAUCACUUAACUUACAAGACAUUUAACUUAUGUGUACAAACCCCCGCUGAUUGUCAUGACGUGGUCCCUUGUAACGUCCUAUAACAAUGAAAAUGAACUGCUAUAUAAGGCUAAAAUCUUAGCUUUCUAACAGUAGUUGAUUUGUAGGCACCCAUAGGGCAUGAUAGUAAAAUAAAGAUUAGAUAGAUAUAAAUCUGUGUUAUAAGAAAAUUUUCUAAAAAUGGCUUUAUAUAAAUCUAAACGCUUAGUUCUACUUGUUUUAGAAUUUUUACUUGUUACUUUAGUUACUUGUUCAGCUGAUGAAAAUUGUGAAACAUCUCUGAGUGAGAUAUUAGUCACAAAGGAAGAGUAUGACGAAAUGGGAAGACUGGUCAGAUCAUGUAAUGGAGAGGUCACUGUGAACAAAUGUGAAGGAAUGUGCAAUAGCCAAGUGCACCCUUCUAUUGCAACUGUUACAGGGUUUUUGAAGGAAUGUCACUGCUGUAGAGAAAAUUACCUCAGAGAACGUAUCGUUACACUUUCGCAUUGUUACAAUGCCGAUGGGGUAAGACUGGAAGAUCCUAAACACGCUGUCAUGGAAGUAAGGCUUCAAGAGCCAGACGAAUGCCAAUGUUUUAAAUGUGGAGACUAUAGCCGAUGAAAAAUUGUUAGUUUGGAUUAUAAUGUGCGGAAUAGAUUUUUAUACCUGCAAAAUAAAAUUGACGAUGGAUACGACAUAAUAAAAUAAAUUCUACAUAGUGUUAUGUUCUAAAUUUGGUCAAGGUUUUAAAAUAAAUAUGAGUUAUGAGAAAAUUUCUAUAUUAUUUCUCUCUUUGAGGUCCUUUGUGCGUACAUGGCAUGACAGAGUAUGGCAAUGUCAUAAUUAAUGUAAUUUUUUUAUGAAAAUAUGAUGUUUAUAAUGACACCACACUUCACUUUGUUCUAUUAAAAUCGGUUCAAAAUUAGCUUAGGCGGACUCUUAUCCAAUCCCAACUUACAACCCCUCUGGUAUUGCAGGAGGGGCGACGGCUGCUCGUUUCUAUGGCUAACGCUCGUCUAAUAUCAUAAUAUUCAUAAUAAAAAUUGUAAUAAAUAUCGUAGCUUACAUAGCAUAGCUUGCCCACCACCAAAAUGGCUAUGGCUUGAGUAUUAAAUUUUGUAAUAGACUGCUAACUGAGAGGACAUUCCCUGAAGCUGACACGGACGCAGAGUAGUAACAACCCAAGACGACACUUCCUGUCUAACCGCGUAGUGAAAGUGUGGAACAGUUUGCCCGAAUCCGUAAUCAGUGCACCCUCAGUGAAUUCUUUUAAAAAUAGACUCGACAAACAUUUUAUAAAUGGACAAAAGACAAGUGCAGGACAUUGAUGUGCACAUAUAAGCUAUAAGCUGCCUGUGCAUUCAUAAAUAAUAAUAAUAAAUAAGAAGUAACAACAGACAACUUUGGGGCCUUGUGAAAGACUAAAAAGUAGAGUCAGAUCAAGAUAAAUUGGCAGCGAUGUCGAUAGCUCAGCCUGUGCAAGUGUUAAGUAAUUAAAAGUUAGUUUCAUAGAAGUAUGACGUUUAAAAAAACAAUCGCACUGUCUGGGCUGUCGAAAUCGCAGCCAACUUAUCUUGAUCUGUCUCUAUGUCCAAUGUUGUUUCCAUUCCAAUUUUUUGAAACGCUUAUAAAACGUUCUAUGUUAACCAAACUUUGCCCUAAAAUUCAACUUUUACACUAAAACGGCUUUAAAUAUGUUCAAUUAACAAAAUAUAUUUUAACAGAUACUUUCGCGCCCAAAACGUUCUUGAUUUUUCGAAAAUUGUGUGACGUCACAGUUUACGGUUUGACAUGCACACUUAACACCAAGCUUCCUGUCUGUUCGCAGUACAAAAUUUGAUACUCAAGCCGUAGCCAUUUAGGUGGUAUGUAAUCUCUGUAAUCUCUGUAUGUGUGCGUAAAUAGUACAUUAUGAUACAAGUGUGCUAAGUUGGUCAUUGCACACGAGGCGAUAUUGUGCGCGCGAGCUGGAAGCGAACGCGUAAUAAGAAAGCGGAUGUGUGUAAUGACCAUAGCACACGCGUUUCAUACGACGUUUUUCAGCACACUUGCAAGGAAAAAACAAAACUUAUAAAUUAGUUUUUUUUUGUCAUAAUAGUAAAAGUACAAUUUUAAGUUUGAACAUGUAGACACAUUAUGUUCCAAAGUAAAUAGGUUUGUAUUUGCCCUGAGAAGAGUUAGCCAAACUAUUUCCAUUCAGGCAGCGUUAAUAGCAUAUCAUGGAUAUGUACAUUCGAUUUUAAGAUAUGGCAUAACAAUCUGGGGAUACUGCACUGAUAAACAUAACGUAUUCAUUGUCCAAAAGCGCUGCAUUCAAGCCAUAUUUUCAGUUCAUCCUAGAGAUUCAUGCCGUCCAUAUUUUAUAAAACAUAGCAUUCUUACUUUUCCCAGUCUCUAUAUUUAUGAAGUUUCUGUUUUCGUUCACAAAUAUAAAUACCUAUUCACGGAUAAUAACCCAUUGGAUUGCCGCGUAACUAGACCUAAAUACAGACACAGAUUACCUAAGCCAUAUGUAAACUUGUCACUCACUGCAAAUAAUGCCUAUAUUAUGUGUAUCACAAUUUAUAACAAGUUACCUGAUCGUUUUAAGGAUAUGGAUCUCAAACUGUUCAAGUCAAACACAAAAAUGUGGCUUAUAGAAAAAUGUUUUUAUUGUGUUAAUGAUUAUUUAAGUGACUCAUAAGUAUUGUUAUUCUUUAGAUAAAUAUGUAAAUACCUAUAUAUGAUGCAAAUGUAUGUACACCUGAAAAGGUAAAGUCUCAGUGUAACGGAAUGUGUAAUUGUGUAUUCGACCUGCAAUGUAACCUGAUUCUUAUAUACAAUAAAUAACUUUGAACUUUGAACUUUGAAAAA